AUGGCAUCCUCAUCGAAUCCCUAUGAACACUACAACUCUCCCGCGGUCGAGGACGAUGAUUUGAUAGAUCCAGACGAUGCUAAUCUCGAUGACCUGGACGAUCCGCUGCAACAUGCACAAACCCACUCCUCAAGGGCACCCCUCACUGGAAAUAUGUCCUCGAGCUCUUCCCAACCACUAAACGAAUCGUACCUCACGUCCCGUAUGCCUGGCGAAGACCGCCGUGCGCCAACCGACACGAUCGACGAAUCUGUCUGGGACACACUGCGCCGGGAUCUUGUAGCUGUCUGGUCCAAAAUGCGGGAAGUGCUGUAUCCCAAAUAUCUCUUUGGAGGUUCGAUGCUAGAAAACACAACAAGUUUCAGAGGGGCGUAUGAGAAUAUCAGAGGCGGAGGAAUCAGCGGUGCGAGAGAUGAGAUUGUUGGUCUGGCGGGCAGAGCGCUAGAUACAGAAAAUCUACUCAGUCAGGGAAAUAUGUCGGAGGGUUUACGGGACUGGGACUUGUGGGGUCCGCUGGUCUUUUGCUUGCUGUUGAGCUUGCUUUUGAGCUUCAACGCCGCUCCGGACCAGAAGAGCUUAGUAUUUUCGGGUGUCUUUGCUAUGGUGUGGAUUGGGGAGGCCGUAGUCACAAUGCAGAUCAAGCUAUUGGGUGGUAAUAUCUCCUUUGCCCAAAGUGUGUGCAUCAUUGGAUACACGCUCUUCCCGUUAGUCAUCGCAGCCCUCCUCUCAGCCUUCAACCUUCCUACAAUCGCGCGAGUACCAGUCUACCUUGUUUUAAUCGCCUGGUCCCUAGCAGCAGGUGUCAGUAUCCUUGGCGGUAGUGGCGUGGUUAAGAACAGAGUUGGCAUUGCGCUGAAGGCGGCAUGUCUCGGAAAGCCUUUGCCUUUCUGCUUUCUUUUACCGAUCAGGUGGUAUCUGGCGGGGUAG